AUGGCGUGUGCUUUGUAUGCAUGGAAUUGCAAACGAAGAUUAAAAACAACCCUCAAUAAGAGAACAAUUCCGAUCACGCCAAUUGAAUUAGAGCCUUUAGAGUCUUUAAACCAAGCGACCCCUUAUCUUCAGUCUCAUAUGACGGCUGUGGAUUCUACGUCAACGUCAUUACCGGGUUCAAUAUCUGGAACUGUCUCUGAAAAUAGCAGUAAGGCUAGUAGAAUGCCACGGACAUCAUCCGUUUUCGUCACAGUUAAGACUGUGGAAGAACUGGAAAACGAUUCCAUCUUGAACUACAUUUUGGAACGAGCGCUGCACAUACAAGAAUUUAUCACCAGUUGGACAACAAAAUGUAACAACAAAACAAUAGAUUUGAUUGGUCUUCUCUGGAAGAUAAACUUACCGGCAGCUAACCUUUAUGAACAGGAGUCAAAGUUAAACGUUAUGGAAUUAAAUUUGACCCCACAGCACAAAGAUAACCUGUUAAGAAAUCUC